AUGCAUUGGCUGCUGCAGGAAUUCGAAGAUACGCACAAGCUGGCUGAAGCGCUUGACAGUCUCGGCAUCCCGUACUCAUGGCACAAGGUCGUGCCCUUUGUCGGCGAUCUCAUUCCGGAGCCCGACAUCCCGAUUACGGAUGCGGUGGUCAUGUUCGGGUCCUAUACGCUUUGGCGAUACGCCAAGGCCAAAGGAUACAGGCCGGGCGUCUUCCGGUUGCGGCCGUUCGUCCACGAAAAAAGCUGGCAACCCUUUCUGCUGAACGGUGCCGACGCGCUCUUUCUGACAAUUCGCGACAUUCCAGAGCAAUUGGCUGACGAUGGAAGGUCAUGGUUCAUACGUCCGGUUGAUGACAGCAAGGAAGAGCCCGGCAAUGUGAAGGCAACGGACGAAAUACUCCGCAUGGCUGAAAAUGUAAUCGCGUUAAAGGAAGACGAAAUCCCGAACGGCUCGCUGCGCCAUGACACGUUGCUGAUGUUAACCGAGCCCGUCCGUAUUCUCAAGGAAUGGCGGUUAUGGGCCAUCAACGGGACGAUAGUCACCUGGUCGCUCUACAAGGAAGGAUCAAGGGUCGUCUACCGGCACGAGAUUGAUGAAGAUGCGUUGCAAUUCGCGCAGGAAAUGGUGGACCGCAAUGCCGGCUACUCACCUGCCUAUGUGCUCGACAUCUGCAGAACCGGGCAGGGACUGAAGUUGCUGGAAACAAACUGCAUCAACGCGGCGGGGUUUUAUGCAGCCAAUCUGGUCAAGCUUGCCUCGGCGGUUGAUAGACUUGGCAAAACAGAGGCAACACCGGAAGACGACUGA